AUUUUUGACUAAACCAGAGAAUAUAUAAAACAAAAAAAAAGAAUGACCGGAGGUCACGUGAAAUGCAGCAAGAUCCGUCACAUUGUGAGUCUCAAGCAAAUGCUCCGACGAUGGCGAAACAAAGCACGGUUAUCCUCAGUCAGCCGUUGUGUACCGUCCGAUGUUCCAUCUGGACACGUGGCGGUAUGCGUUGGUAGCAGUUGCAGGAGAUUCGUGGUGCGCGCGUCGUACCUGAACCAUCCGAUACUCAGUAAUAUUCUUGUAGAAGCCGAGGAAGAGUACGGUUUCGAGAACCAGGGACCGUUGGUUAUCCCUUGCGAAGAAUCGGUUUUUGAGGAAGCGAUCCGGUUUAUUUCCCGGUCUGAUUCUUCAAGGUCAAGCCGGUUUACUUGUCCUGACGAUCUUCAGAAAUGCCACGGAGGGAUUAAAAGCAUGAUGAUUGAAUCUAGGCCGUUGCUUCACGGCGUCGUUGAGAAAGUCGUAUGGUGAAGAGUGUUGUUGGUUCGUACGAUUUUUGAUCCGGUUUGAUCGUCAUUGAGUCAGCUGAGUUACUACCGGUUUGGGUGGUGUUGAUUUUAACCGGUUCACGGUUAAAUAUUUUAGGUUUUACUAAAUAUUUAAUUAUAUUGCGGGCUGGUGGCGAUGUUGCGGGUAGAGAAGGAGAUGGCGGUUUAAGAGGUGGGUGAGUCGUUCCACCGUGUCAUCCCGGGUUCGAAGCUGAGUUCAAGACUGUAAAAUGUAAAUAAGACAAAUGAACAUUUUGUUAUCUGAUUUGAAUAUUUGUCAGCUUUCUAUUUAAUUAAGUAAUUUUCUUACAAUCGAAUUUUGUGCUAAUUACUUCAAAAUUCACUAUAUUUCUUGAAAUAAC